AGUUGCACCGCUCUCUUCGUUUCAUCCCAUCCCAUUUCAUCUCAACCAACAUGCAUUUGCAUUUCCAUUUCCAUUUCCAUAUACACAAAUAGAACAACACACAUUAAUUCACAGGGAACCUCUCAUCAAACACCUUACAACAACAAAUGGAGAAUUUCGACGUCGGCGAAGAGAUCCCGUCAACAACAAGUCCCUUCGAGGAUGAUGAUCACAACAACUAUAUAGACGAUUUCUCCUACAAUGAUAACAUGCAGGAGGUGGAGAAUAAUAAUAAUAGUGGAUUUGCUUCAUCAUCUCCUAAUAAUAGGGAGUAUCAUGGUGGUUCGCCUUUUCAGACAUCGGUGGAUCAAUCCAAGCCGUAUGAUUUAGGAGCUGAUACAGAUGGCAUUUUCUCGUCCGCUAAUGAUGGACCGUUGCUUCCUGAUCCUACUGAGAUGCGUGAGGAAGGUGCUGCUUUUCGUGAAUGGCGUCGCCAAAAUGCCAUUUAUCUUGAGGAGAAGGAGAAGAAGGAAAAGGAAAUGAGGAAUCAAAUUAUCGCUGAAGCUGAGGAGUAUAUACGAGCAUUUUAUGAGAAACGGAAGCUCAAUUGUGAGUCCAACAAAGCUAACAACCGAGAAAGGGAGAAAUUGUACCUGGCCAACCAAGAGAAAUUUCACAAAGAAGCUCACAAACAAUACUUUAAAGCAAUUGCAGAGAUUAUACCCCGUGAGGUCCCUAAUAUUGAGAAGAGGCGAGGCAAGAAGGAAGAGGAGAAGAAGCCUUCAGUUUCAGUCAUCCAGGGCCCAAAGCCUGGGAAACCCACUGACCUGUCUAGAAUGCGCCAACUUUUUCUCAAGCUGAAGCAGAACCCUCCACCACAUAUGCUACCUCCUCCUGAGAAAGACAAGGAUGAUAAAGAUGAAAAGAAAGGAAAGGAUUCCAAGGAUACAAAGGAAGGAAAGGAAACCAAGGAUACGAAGGAAGGAACGGAUGCCAAAAAUGAAAAGAUUUCCACGCCUAAGGAUGGCAAAAGUGAGAAAAUUGCCACGCCAAAGGCCACUAAGGAUGCCAAAAAUGAGAAAAGCCCUAUAGGAAAGGCAACUACUGAUGCCAGGAACGAGGAAAGUGCAGCCCAACAAGGAUCUCCAGCUGCUGCAAUUGACAAGCUUGUUUCACCAGGCAAGGAUGCUGCGCAACAAGGAUCUCCAAGUGCUGCUAUUGACAAGCUUGUUUCACCAGUCAAGGAUACUGCACAGCAAGGAUCUCCUGCUGCUGCUACUGUUGGUACUCCAAAAGGACCAAAGGCGGAUACACCAACUUCAAUCGAAGGAGGAAAAGUUGCAGAAAGUGAUUCUACAUAAACUGCAUAACUUAAUUCUUGAUAAUGCAUUUUCUCUUCUACCCUAAUUAGUUUUCAUUAUGCUUUUCUGGAGCCAUUAUCAUUCAUUCAUUCUUUUUACCUUGUUGUUCUAUGUCUAGUUACAAAUAAGUAUGAUUGGCCUUUUGAAGACAUGCGGUCUGCAGCCAGGGGCUUUCUUCCUGAUGCGUUUUAGGCUUCUUUUUUUUUUUUUUUUUGCUUAGACACACGAUGAGUUUGUUUUUUCCUUUCCCCUUAUACCAUUGGGAGCAACUAUUAUAGCAGGAAUUUCAGCUUGUUAUUUGUGUGCUUCGAAGUUCUUGGUUUAUAAUGUGCAUGAAUUCCUGGCAUAGAAUUGUAAUUCCAUGAAUAUUUGAUAAUUUCUAUAUAUUUGACAUUCUAUCUCACUAUUAGAUUACUUAAAAUAUAACUAUAUGCAACCUUCAAUAAUAAGUGGGAUUAACAACCUAAAAUAUAAGCCAAGCUACCUGCUACAAUAAAGUGAAAUAUACUGAUAGAGCAAAAAAAAAAAAAAAAAAUUAAUUCCCAUUGUAUUUAUAUUUUUGUUCUUACUAGCCUUAAAGUCCACUUUACGCCCUGCUCUUAAUAGUUCAUCG